AUGAGUGUCAAGGUUGGCCAUAAAAGUAAACUUUCUGACCUUUUACACUAUCGGAUUAGGGCGUUAACAAAUGAUGGCAAAGCGUUCGUGGGAGAACUCAUGGCGUUCGAUGCGCACAUGAACUUGGUGCUGGCCGAUUGCGUGGAACUUAGGAUUCCAACGACGCAGAUGGCACAUUUGAAGGCGAAGAACAAAGACUCCAGUGCACAACCGAAAGUGGACACACGUACAUUGGGCUUGGUGGUGCUUCGCGGUGAACAGGUGCUCACAACGGUGGUGGAAAGCGCGCCAACGAUGAGCAAACGGGAAAGAGCUCUGGCACAGGAACGCAGAAGUGCACAGUUGAAAAAGCAGAAACGCAAAGGGAAAGGUGUAGUGAAGCCGAUUGUGAAGAAUGCUGCACCUGGGCCGGGUGCCAUGUCCAGACCCGCAAUGGGGUUCCAAAAAGGCUCGCAGCCACCAGCACGUCCUUUCCAGCCGCCUCCGGGGUUCAAGAGAAGGUGA